AUGAGUAGAUGUGAUUUUAAAGUCGUGUUAUUAGGGAGUGAACAUGUAGGAAAGACAAGUUUAGUGCUUCGUUUCGUCAGUUGCAGAUUUAAUGCCGAUAUUCCAUAUCAAAACACGGUCGGAGCAGCUUUCUGCGCUAAGACAAUGCAAUCAAACGGAAAGGACUUCAAUGUUGGUAUAUGGGACACGGCGGGAAGCGAAAGAUACGAAGCGAUGACAAAAAUAUACUACAGAGGUGCUCACGCAGCGAUCAUAUGCUACGAGCCAUCAUCAGCAGCUUCUUGGACCAGACUGAGGCACUGGCUUCAGGAACUGAGAGGAAUUGAGGAGAACUGCAAAGUAUACCUAUGUGGGACUAAGAAGGACCUUCUAGACGGCGGGUACGUGACGAGGGAAGUACCAGAGGACACGGUGGCAGCUUACUCCCAAGGUCUUUGUGGACAUUACUUCACUUCUAGCAAAACUGGGGAGAAUGUUGACGAAUUAUUUCAAAAAAUAGUUGACGACUGUGCUGCCGAUGUCCAGUUAAUGAAAAACGUUGAAGACAUGAGGCUACAGCUCCAAAAAGACGAGGCAGCUUACAAAGCGAAAAACAAAGACUACUGUUACUGUUGA